CAGAUGUGAUCUUUUCUUUGGCGCGCGGCAGACAACUUGCGGAAUACGGGAUAUUGAUUUGCUAUUGGUCCCCUUCUUGAUUUGUCAUUCUCAUCGAUAGCCACCCACGGCUCUUGCUUGACAACGCUUGGUUGUUUACACUUUCUAUUCCUUGAUCCACAAUGGAUUAGGGGUGAGAGUAUGCAAACUUCUUCGACGCCUUCAUAGUUGCCUCCAGCUUAUUGUCGAGAUAUCAUAUACACUUCUUUCAUCUUGAAAAUAUAUUUUCGACGCACUCGUCACUGGAAUUGGAUCUAAUAAAAUGGGAAAUUAUUUUGUGUCGAGAAGACAAGAAUUUUGCAAGGACUUUUUGGCAUUGAUACGCUAUUAGAUAAGAGGACUUAAACACGUGUAAUUAUGCCGGUAUUCUGACCACUAGAAUCCUGAUAUCAAUUUAGGAGAACUCUACAAGGAAAAUAAUACGAGGUCGUAUACUAAAUCAAAGGAUAUUGUGAACAGACUGUUGAUCACAUAAACUGGCAUCCAUUUAUUCAUCGCCUGUAUUCGGCAUGCGCACAAUGUUGCUCUGAAACCCAACCCAUUGAUCGGGCAGUAUAGACUCAUUCAUUUCAUCUUACCCUGAACUUUCUCAAUACCGACGUCUAGUAGGCAGACGACCACCAUGUUGCGUAUCUUCGUCGUCUACAACAAACUCCGUCACACCUUCGACACUGAUGGUGACGACACCAUCGCCUCCUUGAGAGAACGCGUUUGCGACACAUGUCAGAUCGAUACGCGAGGAGGGAAAAACGGAGAGCAGAAAUUCGUCGUACUUCAAUACCAGGGAGCUGAUCUGCAGGACACUUGGAAGUUGGGAGACAUCGGUGUUGUAGCUGGUUCCACAUUGCGAUGUUUCCUCCGAGAAGAAAUCACACCCAAGCUGUUCGUCUACUGCGUCUAUAACGACGAGAAAGUCGAAAUCCUCGAAGAAGUCCGGUUCGAAACGGACUACGUGGCGGCGCUCAGGUCGAUCAUCUCCCGUCGCAUCGGCCUACCGGUCACCGUCUACCGUAUCCUGGAUCCCAAAGGCAAAGAGAUGUACGACGGCAAUCUCCUGCAGAUGUACGACAUCGCCAUCGGUUGCACGGUGCGACUGGAGACGUGGGAUGGCUGGAAUGAUUUCCUCAGAGCUGCUUCUAUCGGACAUACCUCGCAUGUCUCCCACAACCUUUCUCAGGACGAAUCCAUCGCGAAGUUCCAGAUGCGUGUGGCUCUCUUCAUCGCAGCCCACUACGGUCACAUGGACCUGGCCUCCGCCAUCUUGAAAUGGGGUUACAGAUCGGAUGAAGCCAUUGGUGAGCAUCCUACAAAGGAAUGGUGCGCGAGUACACACGUUGAGUCGAAGAAAACAGCCGUGCACGAGGCAUCCGAAAAUGGACAACUGAGUAUUCUCAGAAUCUUUGUCUAUAACAAUAUUUGUUGCGUGACCUGCAAAGAUGGUAACGGUCUUACUGCUCUGAACGUCGCACUCAGAAAACAGAAGCGUGAGGUCGCUCUUUAUCUGCUCACGAAACAAUGGUCAAAUGUACAAUACAGUGCCUUGAUAUUGCCUCUCACAAUUUUUUCCAAGGUCCGAAAAUGGUGUGAUCGGGCCAAGGACAAAGUUCUGUUGGUGCAUGGACCAGAUAAGUCGAGUACGAAAUACAAGAGGACAACGCGACAGCCAGGAGGGCUUUGUGGUGAAGGGGUCUAUGUGGAUGGAUUGGUCACAAGCAGCAUGAAUACGAACCCUAAACGUGGCUCCGAGAUUAGUCGGACGAAAAAGAAGAAGCAGAAAGAACAGCGACGGUUAACGACGGCAAUGACUAGCUUUACCGGUGUCACGGGUUCUUCGUCGCCAGAUCCAAGACUCCCGAAAAUAUCUGGCGUCAGAACUCCGACCUUGGUUGCCACGUACCGUGAACGACUUCGAAGCAAAAAUGAGGAUGAUGACGAAAACGACGGGGAGAUAUCCAAUGAAGAGGGUAAAUUUGCAGAGCUUCGAGGAAAAAUACGACCAAGGAGCAGAAGCUUCAAUCAUGAAAAGACUCUUGCUCUGCCAAAGAUCGGUCAAAAGUCCCGACCUCGUAGUUCAUCGCAACAAGAGAACGGCCUGCUUGUGGAUGUUCGAGCCGUAAGUGCAGCUGCAAGUUCAGUAGACAUUGGUGCAGAGCGAAGUAAGAUAGCGUACAUACAAACCACUGGGACUGGGAGCAGACGAUCCCGAAGACCUAAACAACAACCGAUUUUAGAAUCAGUUACCGCAAAAUCCACCGUGUUCGAACAAAAUCCAGCGAAAGCGAAGAAAGAAUCGAGGUUUGAUCGCAUGGACAAGUUCCGAAGACAACGCAAAAAAGCCAGUAAGAUGGAUAGUAGUAUACCUCUGCCGCCCGUCAGCAAGAAUACCAUUAAUCGGCCGUUUUUCUUCUCCCAAAGCGACGAUGAGAACAUCCCUCGUCUCACCGUGGACCUCUACGAGGAGGUGAACGGGAAGACGACAUGGGAGCGUGCUCUCGAAGCGCUCACCAUCGCUUCGAUGUUCGAGGAAAAACCGUGGUUGCAGCGGGUCAGGAUGGCAAUGGUGCUUUCAAGGAAUCACGUCAGGCGAAUCAAGAGCCUUCAGCGAUCACCGUCCAGCAAUGAUCAAAUCAAGAGUGCUAUGAGCGGGGGAAGCAGCUCCAAGAAAGUAACAGUCGCCGAUGACCUAGUGGUCGAUCACGAAAGUGUGAACUCAAGAGGUGGGGGUCGAGUACAAGGGGAGGAAGAGAGAAUUAUCAAAUCGGCCGUUAAUCACUCUCAAGAAACAUCGCAUACAGCCGAAGUUAGCUGAAAUUUAAUAUUUAGUAUGAUAAUGAUCAUUUAAAUGCACCUUUGACUAAGCCGAUUAAGUAUUAGAUAGGGAAAAUACUAUCACAUUGUAUUUUGCAUUUAUCAGAAUAUAGAUUCACUUUAAAUUUCAAAUCUCCAAUAUCAAAUUUCCAAAUUCUAAAUAUUGCGAGCGAGCAAAGCAAGCGAGCAAAAGCUUGAUAUUAAUUUGAUGAAGAUUAGAUUUUUAAAUCGAAAAACACAAACCAAGAUAUAAAACAGAAACGGGACACCUUGCUGCUCAAGGUUGCGCUUAGGUGGUGGUCGUCAGAAUACUAGAAAAAUAUCGAAGAGGGAUAUUAAAAAUAAAUAAAUAAAUAGGGCUACAUGCAGUCCCAGCUCAUCUCGUUCGCUUUUGUCUUUGUUAAGGUCUCAUAACCCACCAUUAAUCACAAAAUUUCAUGUGAAAGUUAAUUACUGAACUUGCCGUCAAUAAGUCUUAUUCCAUUGUAGUAUUAGAUGAGCAAAUGAACGUGUGCUUAUGAAAUCAAAAUGCUGUUGAACCUGAGGAGCACAUUUCAUUAAAGUCAAUUAAUUUUUUUUAAUUUUUUGUUGUAUUUACAUGUAUAUUCUUAUCAAUUAAUGCCAAAGAUAUUGUAUAUAAAAGUUGGAUUGUUUAAAGUUGUAUUUAAUGCUCAGAUAAACUUGCGACCCCUCUGUGACUUAUAUUAUAAUAAAUAAUCAUGUGGAUUUACAAUA